CAUUCAAUACCUACCAACACACAUGAGUAACGUCCCAUUGACAUAAAGCCAUGUUAGGUAUAUGACUUCAACUUUACCUAUCGGAAUAUAAAACAACGCAACUCCAAAUACUUUGAAUUAGAACACUUUGUUCGCAAAUACAGCAAGAAACGUACACAAAAUCAAAAGUGUGAAAAUGUCAGAAAGAAUAAUCGUUUCAUUGAAGGAAGGAAAAAUUCGCGGUGUCAAAAAAAUUUCCGAGUAUUCUGGAGCAGAAUAUUAUUCUUUUUAUGGAGUGCCCUAUGGACAACCGCCUGUAAAUAAUUUACGAUUCAAGGAUCCAGUAAAAGUGAAAACUUGGAAAGAUGUUUACGAUGCUACAAUCGAGAAACCAGGUUGCAUACAAUUCUCUUUGAAACUCUACAGAUUUUUGGGAAACGAAGAUUGUUUAUUUAAUAAUAUUCAUACUCCAGAAUUGCCAACCAAAUCUACUCCUUUAAGACCCGUGAUCGUCCUGAUUCACCCAGGAUCAUUUCAUCAUGGCUCACCAAAUGAAGAUAACUUUGGCAAUACUAGUUUCGUGAUGCAUCGUGACAUAGUAUAUGUUGGUAUUGCCUACAGAUUGCAUUUAUUAGGUUUUUUGAACUUGGGCAUAAAGGAAUGUUCCGGAAAUCAAGGCAUUAAAGACAUCAUACUGUCUCUUCAUUGGAUCAAAGAUAACAUAAGCUCUUUUGGAGGAGAUCCAGAAAAUGUCACUUUAAUAGGAAGUAGUAAUGAAGCAGUAAUUAUUCAUAUAUUAAUGCUAUCACCGACAGUGCAAGAUGCAGGUAUAUUUCACAAAGCUGUCAUCAUGGGAGGAAAUUUAUUCGAUCCUACCGCAUAUUUUCAAAAUGCAAAUGAGAAAGAUGCACUUGAAAUAGCAGAGAAGGCGGGCUAUCGAGGUGAUAUUAGCGAUAUGAAAAAACUUUUAUUAUUUUUUAAGAAAGUGAACAUUGUAGCACUGAUUGAGGCUCAUAGAAAACUCCAAAAAGAUUUCCACAAGAAAGUCGCUCCUGUACUCCCCACGGGAAUAUUUUUACCAACUAUUGACCAUGGAGAAAACGCCGUCUUACCAAUAUUUCCAAGAGAAUUAAUACCAAAGACGAGCAAAAUUCCACUUAUCAUUGGGUACUGUGAUCUAGAGUCCGCUUUAGGAUUUGUCCCGGGAUUCAUAAGAACCAGUACCAUGAAAAAUAUUAGAACAACAAUCCGUCAGAACAAGUGGGGUUGGGGAAGAGACUUGAGUGAUGAAGAUUUGGAACUAAUAAACAAAGAAAUUGAAUCAUUCUAUUUGCAAGGAGAACCAAUAGAAAAAGCUCCAAUAUCCACUUUGAUUGAUAUUCAAACUGGAGCAAUAAUCUCAGACAUUUACGAUACUUUGAUUAAUGUCGUCGCAUCUACCGCCGCCGAGUCACCCGUAUAUCUUUAUAGAUUUCAGUUCGAAGGGGACAUGGGGACAUUGAAGAAUAGAUUCAUUGGUGUAUUCAAAGAAACGAUAAAAGGGACUUUCCAUGCGGAUGAUGCUUGCUAUUGGGGCUGUAUCGAUGAACCACCAAAUGAAAAAGCAAAACAUACAGUAGAAACGUUCACGAAAUUGAUUUCUACAUUUGCACGAACAGGUGAUCCUAAUUUUAAGGGUAUACCAGUACACUGGAGACCUACAAGAUCAGGUUCGCCUUGUUAUUUAAGUAUAAACAAUGAUCUAGAAAUGGUUGAUAACCGAUUGCACAAUGAAAAAUUAGAAUUUUGGGAUAAAAUUAAGAAAAGAUUCCAGAAAAACACUGUUUCAGAAAAAUAAAAUUGUAUUAUGCUGCCCUAAA